UACUAAACGACGAUCCCAAUGUUCAAAAUUGUAUUCUAGUCUAACCACAACCGCAGCUGCAUAGGAAGGAAGAGGAGAGUCAGUGGGAUGCGCGCAGAAAUCUGGCUACCCAGCGACGAGCUGCGACGAUUUCAAGUAGCUACCAAAACUAAUCACAGAAAAGGGCGCCCGUAGUACCUGAAUCGUCAAUCGUGUUUAUGACAAAACGUAAUCAAUCAACAGUCCGGUAACCUUCGGGAAGUCGCGGAAGUGUAAUUCAACGGGACGGAUUUGACACAUCACUGACAACAUGGCUGAAUUUAGCAUUGAUCAGAAAAAACUACCCGGAGUAAAAGAAGUGUGUCGGGACUUUGCAGUUCUGGAAGAUCAUUGCCUGGCCCACAACCUGCAGGAACAGGAGAUCGAGAGCCACUUGGCCUCUAAUGUCCAUAAGAGUCGGCUGGUGCAGCAGGACCUGCAGGUGGCCAAGCGCAUGCAGGAGGAGGAGGAUCUGAGAGCCAAGGCCCAGAGCAAGAAGCAGUAUCGAGACAUUGAACGUCAGGAUAAUGAGAUUGCCCAGGAGAUUCAAGAGGAACUGGUCCGACAGGCAGAACAGCAGAGAUGGCAGGAGGAAAAGGAUGCGGACAUUGCUCGCAAACUGCAGGAGAAGGAGAUGAAGGAGGAGAGAAGGAGGCAGAAGCAGAUAGAGGCUAACUUUGAAGAGGAGUACUACGAGGGUCAAGUCUGCCAAGACAAACCCAAACGCCUUGCCCCCCCCGAUUCCUCACGCCACAAUCUUUCCCGGGACGACGUCUGGCAUGAGCCCAGCAGAACUCCAAACCAGUCCAGAUUUAAACCCAGGUCCCCCCACACUCGCUCCAGAUACCCAAAGCAUGACCUGCUGAGGGAGACAGAUCCAUACCCUGAACACAGGCUCCCAUCCAAAGGCAAGCAGAGACACACGGAAUACCAGGCCACAGAGACACGGAGAGAGAAGGAGGCAGUGCUGAGGGACGAAGGAGAAAGGGCAGUGAGGGCGAGAGUGAGACCUCCCAGGCCAGCGCCACCACAGUUUGUUGUGGAGAGGGACCAGGACCGGGAGAGAGACAAAGCCGGAGAAAGACAUGGAGAUCGACCGAGGAAUAUAGACUGGGAGUCGGAUCUGGCGCAGGAGAGACGCUCUGAAAGAGAAGUGAGGAGAGAAGCAUGCAGAGCGGGGGAACCUAAAAGAGACAAGGACAGAGAGAAUGACCAAAAGAGGAACGGAGAAAAGUCAUGUGACGGAGAGGAGAGCCUGGACGAGGAUGAUUACAAUCUAAAGGCCAGAACCAGGAGCAGGGAAAGACCCUUGCUGGAGGCUCACGUGCCCAGUCAGGAGGAGGAGGAUUAUGAUGACGGUAAAGGUAAAGGUAAUGUUAGGGGAACGCUGGUGGUUCCCUCUAGUGUGGUGGGGGACCAGUGGGCGGAGCACCGGAGCAGGAGAGAAGGGAGGAGGAGAGAGGAGAAAUAUGCUUACAGGGAUGUUCCAAGGGAAGAACGUUCUCUCGGACAUCCCCCAAGAGAGCCAGGCCAUGUUGUGCAAGGAGGUGUGGGGGGAGGUGCGGCUGUGCUGGCAGGAGGGGAGUACGGUGUGGGCGAGGCCACCCAGGGGUUGACCCGUCUGGAGCUGAGGGAAUUACGAGAGCAGGAACUCAGGGACUUGGAAGUUGCCCGCAAAAUGCAGGAGGAGGAGAUCAAGGCCAGUAAGAUCGACAAGCGUGCCGCCCAAGUAGCUCAAGAUGAGGAGAUUGCCAGGUUGCUGAUGGAGCAGGAGAAAAAGGAGUAUAAAAAGUCCAAAGAGAAGGAGAGGCAGGCCCUGGAGAAGAGGAGGCCAGAGGGAGACUACAAGCUAAGUACAGAGGAGGUGGUAAGGCCCAGAUCCAGAGAGGAAUAUGAAUACCAGAGGCAAAAGAACCACAACAAGCCUGACAGGCCUCCUCGGCCUCGCACACCCGAAUACGAGAACGUCAAUCCUGGCAAUGGUUACUCAGAGAACCCCUUCACUCCUCGGGUUCCAUCCAGACCCGAGGCUGCCUACAAAGGUGCAUAUUACAGGCAGUGACCAACAGCUUGCCAAUGAUGUCCAGACAUCCCUUGUUUUUACCUUUCCAUUUUGACUCAUCAUGGCUGUCUACAAAAAUAAGAUAUCUCCCUGUGUACCCAGAGCCUUGAAGGGCUUACUGACUGGGUCCCGAGGUGUUUUUCAACCCCAUCUCAGUGGUCCUACCGAUCAGAAAGCUUGCAGCUUGAGAAGUUUAUCACACACUUGUUUUGUUUUUUCUUUAAUUGGCUCGACACUUAGACAGCCCAAAAGACAUGGCUUGUAACAUUACUCCCCAGUCAGUAGGUGCUGGGGGCAGAGUAGGGGGGAAAGGUCCUGUUUCUCAGUUGCCGUCAUCUGGUUCUUGCUCUUUUGUGAGUCUUGCUCGUGGUAACUCAGGAGUAUCGCUGGAUAUGCAAUCUGUUCCUCCAGAUGCCCUGUGCAUCAAUGCUAUCCAACACAACAAGACCAACAGAGGCACCACGCUGCAUCCUUUUAAUGCUAUAUUCUUUUUUGAGCGACAUUGUAUCCACGCAAAAGGAAACUUAUCAAGAUGCUGGGGGUUUUGCUUCCGUGUUUGUGUCUGGCUGUGAACUUCCAUUGGUGUCUUUCGCUUGUGAGAGGCUAUUACUGGACCCCGUGCAACUGUGUAUUUGGUGCAGAUGGCGUGUUAAGGGACAAUGCGUUACGGCUGUGUUUCUAUGUGCAUGCUUACGGAAAGUGAAUUCCUGUAUACUUAUGUUUUCCCCAUAAAAAAAUAAUAAAAAAACACGCAACCCCUUUGAAUUACUCUUCAAGCCAAAA